AUGGUUUCUGCCGGCAUCACGGUGCUCCGCGUAGGGUACGUGUGCCUGACAAACGUGUACUGUUUGGUCACCCUCAGUCACAUCAGCGCAACCUGGGUGCUGAGGAAGGAUUUCUACUUUGCCGUCAGGUCUCCCGUCCUGAUGACAGCAUCAGGCCUUGCCGGUGUGCUGGCCGGGAGCACGGCGGUGUCGCGCACCGUCAUGUUUCCUGGGCUUCGAUCCCUGUUUAUUCUGCGGAUCUUCAGCAUUCCCUUGACGGCACUCUGCCUCGUCGUGGCGUACAUUUUACGGGGCCUCCGUGUUAUCGUCAUGUACACCCCUUCUCGUCGGCAGCGCUGGGGAAGAUACCUCAAGAAAGAAGCCGCCAUGGUCAAGGUCUUGCUGACCGCCUACGUGAUUGUGGAGGUUGCCGCAUGGAUUGUUGUACGACACGUCGGACUUGCAAGGGUCGCAAGCUUCAUGGUCACAGUGGUUAAGAUCGACACCGUCGUCACCCUGAGUGCGUCCCUCGCACUUUUCGGUCAGCUGCGCCGGACCCAGGACGUGUUCAAGGUAUCCUUGGAGAUACAAAGAGCCGGGGCUUGCGCGUUGCUCACCUCGGUGAUGAUCAUGUUUCUGGGCUCCAUCCCGGCCGGGGUGUUAGAGUUCUACCUGGUCCUGUUCUACACGGUCAGAUUCCAUGUCAUACUGUGGUUAACAAACAUCCAGCCAGCGAGAGAAAGACUGGGAAGGAGGGACGCUACCCCCAACACCAGGGGUAUUAUGGCCAAGCUCUUCCCGUAUGUACCGUGGAGGAAGCACGGUGGCACCGUGGCGAUCGAUUCCGCUGAAUGCAUGGUUUUGGCAGCCUCGACGCAUUGUAGCAAAUCCACUGUCAAGUUGGACGAUGCGAUGGAGGAGAUUCUGCGCUGUCCCGUGCUCCUGGAGGCAUUCGAAGAGUUUUGUCGUAAGGCGCUCUGCAGCGAGUCAAUUCUGUUCUUGAAAGCGGCUUGGGCAUUCAAUGACUCUGUCUAUGCAUCGACUGCCAAUGAGGACACCAACUUCGCGCUGUUCAUGGACAUUUUCGACAAGUACAUCAAGGACGGGUCCCCCUUCGAGAUCAACAUCGAGAGCAAGACCAAGUCCUUUAUCAUGAAACGAACCGACAAGGAGGCCUUCAAACAACUUCGUUUGGACGAUGCAGCUCGAGGUCUGGAUGCCGCUGCCAAAGAAGUCGGGAAGAUGCUCAAAGAGAAUCUCUACGACAAGUUCCGGCAGACGGACCAGUUCAAGCAGAUCACAGGCGUGCUGUUCUCAACAAAGGCAGGCGACGACAAGAACGGGAGCUAA